AUGAGAAACAAUACCACAGUGUAUUCGAUUAUGCGAUUUCCACUAAUACUUAUCUUUCUACUACAAUCAAUUAUUGUUGUAACGAUAUUCAUUGAUUUGGAUACACAAAAUGUAACAGAUAUAGAUCAUUAUUCAAUACUGAACCGGUCUUUAGUAACUCCGUUUGUUCUUCAAAUAUUAUUCUGGAAGAAUCCCAAAACGAUUAUAUCAUUCAACGAUACCAAUACCACCAUAGUUCCAUCAGACGAAAUAUUAGUCACCCCUGAUGAUGAAAUUCACAGAAUUCGAAACUUGAAAUUUGUUGAAAUAUCUUAUAUUAAACGAACCUUACAUACUACACUUGUCCCAUUAACACCAUGUGUGUCUCGAAAAACUAUCACCAACAAUCAAAAACUAAACUCUUCCUUGGCUGCUGAGUCAUCCCCUGUUGGGGUUGCAAUAACACACAGAACGUCAAUUUAUCUGCGAUUAAGUCUAGGGUUGGGUUUCAGUUUAGGAGAAGCGAUCUUGAUCAAUGCUGCCACCAUUGGAUUUACCUUGGGGUACAAACUCACAGCUAAGAUAACCAAGCAAAGAAUGAUUGAUACAACUAUAGGUUGUUACCUGGAUAAAGCUGACUUGUCAACUCGAGUAUUUGGUUAUAUUCCUAUGUUGGAAGUGACGCCACAGAUACGAAAGAUUAUAUAUGACCGAAAGAAAGUAAUCGUUGACCACGCUUGGGAGAACUUAAAACCUAGAAGAAUCAUGAUCGAUUCACCAAUACGAACUAUGUGUGAUAUUGGAACAAGAGAAGAUUUAGACUGUGACGCCAAUAAUGGUGAAGUGAUUGACAAAAAUGGAAAUUGCUUAACAUGGAAUAUCCUAUAA